CACAAAAUUUUGAGCAUCUCAGAAAUUACAAAACCCCAGCGGCUCAGGUUUCAUUUCUACCAUUAUCCUUCAUUCUGUGGCUUCCUUCCUUCCUUGCUCUGAUUCUCCUCACCUUCUCUUAUCAAUCCAGACACACACAGUCACCAAUUCAGAAACAACAAAAGACCCUUAUGUCCCGCAAAGGAGGAGGAGCUCCGGCUUCACUGCCAAAGGACGUACCUUGGAGGGCCUCAAACUCCAGACCCGUCCCCAAAAUCCACCACUCCCCUAUUCUGCGUGUGCCCCAAAACCCCACUACCAAUUAUGCAAUCUCCGUCAUGAAGCACCCCAAUCCGGUAGGAAAUGGGUUGGCCAGGGACGCCAUUGUGGAAGCGGCAGGACCCGAUUGCAUUGUUCCGGGUCAAGUCACACCCGUCAAAUUACUUGGUCUCAAGGUAUGGCCUAUUGAAGUUGACCUACAAUUUUUGGAACCCAUCGGACGUGAGCUUAAGUCUAUUGGAAAGUUCAUGGAUGAUGCUGUCACUCUCAUGAAUAAAUCAUUUAUAGAUCGCUAGCACACUGGUUUCCCAUUAUCAAGAGGAGAGAGUUGCAGUGAGCAGAAGCCUGGCUAGGAAGCUUCACAUACUAAUACGUCUCCCUCUGUGUUGUCUUCUUGCUUGUGCUCUAGUCAAAGCGUAGUUCCUAGAAUCUAGGUCAGAAGCAGAAGAUACUUAUGUUGUACUUUUGCACGAGAGUUCUAUUUGUUCAACAUCGUUUUGGCUCCAGAACUCUACGGAUGUGUGGAUGUGACAUGAAUACUUUUUACUGAAAUUUAUAUAAAAUGAGGUUCCUGAGUAA